AUGGGACAGUCCUCUUCUACGCAACGUGACCUACCUAAUACCCGAUACCCGACACACUCUGCAACUCCCAUAGAACGUGGCUCGAACCCGAGGGAUGAAGAUAUGAAUCAUAGACAGACGGUUGAUCACAGCGGCGAGGAUGGCCAUCCAGCGGGGGGCAUGGGCGCACACGGUGAUGGACAAGGCACUACGUCGGAUCAGCCAAACGAACGAUCAGACUCCUGGAGACAAUACAUACGAUCGUCGCGCCCCAUGCGGAGCAUCGAUGAGGACCGCGAGGAGUACGAAAUGCCCUCGCGGGAAAUGCGCAAUGCCGCAUUCGCUCGGAUGACAGCGCGAAGACAAUCGACAAUGUCAAGGCUGGGCUCCAGGCUUCUCCCCAAUUCGGUGAUCCGGGGCCUCCUCAACAGCCAAGAAGAGACACCGGCUGAAGGUCAUGCACAUCGGCAUGGGGGAGUCAAUAGACCUAUCCCAAGGACGGAGAUUGCUCACACCACCGGUCGUUUUAGUCCAUUUGGCUCUAGAGUCACCGUACUUCGUCCCCUCACGGGGGAGCCUGUCGGUCUUUCAGAUGGACCGACACCUACGUAUCGCGACCCUGCAGAUCAAUUACCCAUUCCCGAGCCCACACGAGCUUCCUGGCGCCGCAGUGUCAGACUCAAUCGUAUGCGUCAUUCGAUCUCGUCGCCCAUCUCGCAUAUAUUUGGCCAGCCUCAUACGGGUUUGCACUCAGAUGAUAAUGCAACUGCACCAGACCUGCCCUUUGAUGAGAGAACCAUGGACACUCGAAUGGACUACACAGCACCGCCCCAUGAGCUUGACUCUGUGGAGCCAGCUGUCCAUUCUAGGGAUUCCUUGCCAAGUCUAGGCCCCGGACCACCAAGCCCCACUUUGAUGCGUCGUCUUCCCGGUAUUAUCAGAGCAAGAUCAUCUCGAGUUUUGCGGCGGGAGGAACAAACUCCUCUCUCGAGAGUCCUGCAGCUCGCGGCGGCUGCGAUUGCUGCUCAGCUUUCUGGAACGCCUGGUCCUGCGCUGCCCAACAUCCAAGCAUUAGGAAACGAUGGAAUCGAUGGCUCAUUAGAGAACUUCAUUCAGAGUCUACAGCAUGUUACCUCCGGACAGGGUCAGCCAGCAGCCAACGGCGAGGGUUCAGGCGAUGAUACCACCGAAGCACCUUCGCAACCGGUUAACUUCUUGCGCGUAUUCAGAUUUGCCAACUCAGAUACGCCCCCGGAUUCUGACACCCCUGGGCAGAAUCCACAGGGUGCACAGGGCACACAGGGCGCUCACAAUCACACCACGUCCAAUGACCCAAUGGACGUUGACGAGCCUGGAGAAAGCGAGGGACGAACUGUAACACUUGUGGUUGUUGGAGUUCGAUCGGUCCCUGCUGGGGGCGGAGGAAAUGGCGAACAGCCUGCAGGCCCUGCACCUGGCCUGGACGCAUUGCUUGGGCUUCCAUUUUUACCACCAAGCGGCUUGCCAGUGAACAGACUUCACCGACCUCAACCUCCUCCAGGCGACACCGCUUCCGUGUCGCACAUCCCUCGCCGUCCGGAACAGGCCGGUCCCCGCCCUCCAGGUGGACUCCGUGUUGCUGCAAAUACACCAUCAGAAUUCCUGCGUCCCUCAGCCCCACCCGCCUCUAGACGCAUGUCAGAGCCCCAUUUCCCUCAAUUUGAAAGCCCACCAGGACCUCACCCACCCCCGUCCACGCCAGCGGAACAUGCAGUAUCUACCGGGUCUUCGGGCACCUCCACUCCGAGUCACAGACCGUCGUCUGCUUCUGCGGCGGGCCCAGAUCUUCCAGGCCACACAAUGCAGCCGACAGUGGAAUCCACGCGCGAGCCUCCUGCAUUCAAUCCAGCCCACCAGCGACGCCGAAGCGAUUCUGAAUUUGCUCGGCAUAGGGCACUUGGCUCUGGCUCUGUUCGGCGCAAUGGCAUGGUUGAGCCUGACCAGCCCCCACCCAGUGGAGGUCGCAGUUGGUUGAUAUACGUGGUUGGCACCAAUCUUUCCGAGAAUCACCCUGCACUCACAACUCCAUCCCUCUUCACCGACAACCCGACCUAUGAAGACAUGAUUCUUUUGUCCUCGUUGCUGGGCCCAGCCAAACCCCCCGUGGCAUCUCAAACCGACAUCAAUUCCGCCGGUGGGCUGUUCCGUCUGGUGGAAUAUGGUGGCUCGCUUGUCGCAGAGGCCACGGAAGGCAUCGGAGCUCUUCAGAUCCAAGACGGAGAGCGCUGUCUCAUCUGUCUGAGUGACUACGAAGUGGCCGAGGAAGUCAGAGAGCUUGGCAAAUGCAAGCAUGUCUUCCACAAGGAGUGUAUAGAUCAGUGGUUAACCACGGGGCGAAACUCGUGUCCCCUGUGUCGGGGCGAAGGGGUCCACGAAACCCCGGCUGCUUCUGCUCCAGGUGCCCCAGGCGCCGCAGUGCCAACCCCAGAUCCAGGUCCAGCGGUUGUUUAA